AAGACAGAAAGGAAGAAAAAAAGAGGGGAAGAAGCUAGUGUUGUGAAAAAGGCUCACAAGGAUAAACAGCCAGAAAGGAAUUUUACGGAUAUGGAGAAAAGGCAUGGUCCAUGCUUCCAUUGCGGAAUUAAUUAUACUCCACUUUGGCGUAAUGGACCAGAAGACAAGCCAGUGUUGUGCAACGCAUGUGGAUCAAGAUACAGGAAAUGGGGAACCCUUGAGGCCUAUCUUCCCAAUAAUUUUCAACCAAAGUACCUUGAUAACCUUAAAUAUCUGAAGGAUGGAAAAAAUCCCCUUGUUUCGAGCUAUGUCACAAUUACAGGUGACAAUGAGCAACCUCUAUGGAGUCCUAAGAUCCCUUCAAGGAAGCGUUCACAGAAGGUGUACAAGAACAUAACACCAAUGAAGAAGUUUCGAAACCAACUUCUCAAGAUAUGGAAAAAUUACAGGAACCCUGAAGAGUCAUCCCCAGAAGAGGUCUUGCUGCUGAAUAAUGUAAAUAACUUCAUACCUAGUAAUGAAAUAGGCCUUGGAUGUGCUCUUCAUAAACCAGAUGAUACUUCUGCAUAGAA